GGUAGUGAAUCUGGGCAUCCUGGCUUCCAACAUUGGACCAGUUUGAUCAGCUGGCGCCCUGCCACCAUUCUUUUAGAAACCCCAUGACAACAACCACAGCUUCUUCCAUGUAUCCCGAAGAAGAGCCCCUCCGUACCCAGUUCCCUCUCACCUCUCCACCUGCUUUGGGGGAUGAGUUCUACCCCUUUGGGGGUGAGUGCCAGCAGUCUUUUGCCGGGGAUAUGGCUGCUGGGGAUGAGGACCCUGAAGAAGGGGAUUUGGCAUUGUUGUUGCAGAGGAAAGAGCAGGAUUUGCUCCUGGCAGCUGAGUUGGGAAAGAUGCUCCUGGAGCGAAAUGAGGAGCUGGAGCGGCGCUAUGAAGAACUGGCCAAGGAGCACAUGGAGGCCAAAGAGCAUCUCGAACAAGAGAAGCAUGAACUCCGCCAGCACCUUGAACUGGGUCGGGCUGAAUUUGAGAUUCGCAUAGCAGAGCUGGAGGCAGAUUUGGCAGCUGCCCGAACCCGACUGGGUCAGCAGCGUAUGGAACAGCAGGACACAAGCCGGGAGAGUUCGCAGGCUGUCUUGGACCUUUCGGAACAGAACCAGCGCCUGGUGGAGCAGCUCAGUCAGCUUGCCCAGCAGGAGCAGCGGCUACAGGAAGAACUGACAUUGUUGCGUGGAGAGCAUCGGACUUUGACCCUUAACAGUACUGAACAUAUUGCCCAGAUGCAAAGCCUGCAAGCUGAGAAUCUUAUGUUACAAGACCGGAAGCAAGAUCUGGAGAAGCAGACCCACCAGCUUCGGGAAGAGAAUGAUUCUAUCCAGGCUUUGGUGGACACGCUCCAUGAUAACCUUCUCCUUCUCCGCAAAGAGAGUCAUGAGAAAGAACUGCGGCUGCAGCGGGUAGAAGUGGAGGCGGAGGAGCUUCGGGUCUUCAACCGUCGCUUGCAGCACCAAGUCAAGGAAAUGAAAGAAGAGAUCCAUCUGCACGACUUAGAUACCUCAGUUACCUCCAUCCAGUCUGAGAUCAAUAAUAGUUUGGAGGAUGCUCCUGGAGCACCUGGGCAAACUCCUAAGUUGUUGACCAAUGGCACUUGCAAGUCCUGUUCUACUUCCACGGCUCCAAAGAACCUCUCACAGUGGAGAUCAGAGGAGGAAAAAGCUGAAUACAUCAAAAUGUUCUCAGCCUUGAGCCAUCAGGAGCAAGAUAUACUGAGGCAGAAAGAAACAGAGAUCAUGAAACUCCAUGAUCAGAUUACAUUGCAACAUGUGGAACUCUGCCAUUUAAAGUCUGAAAUAAAGAACCAGAGGCGUCUGUACCAAGAGAGCAACCGGGACGAGGCCAUGAAAUUAGCCAUAGCAGAACGGGAUGAGGCUAUAAUAAAGAAAGGCGAGAUUGAGCUGGAAAUGGCAAAAGUCUCUCUGGAACGAGAUUCCUUGAGCCAGCAGUUGCUGCGUGUCAUACGCCAAAAGAUGGCACUUUCCCAGGAGCUGGAGGCUUGGCAAGAUGAUAUUCAGUACAUCAUCCACCAACAGCUGCUCCAGAAGCAUCAGGAACAAGAGGCCCAUCCGGCCACGCCACCUCCUAAGACCCCAACACAAGGCAAGAACCCUCCUUUAUUUCGACGUGGUACCAGCACUCCCAAUGGCACUGGCUUCUUCUCCCUUUUCCGGAAAAACUGAGGGGGUCUGGAAGCGUGGGCAAGCUUCUAUAAUGGCUGAAGGCAGGAAAAAUGGUGGAGGGAAUAUGAAACGCCAGUACUGUACAAAGGCAAAGGCUGGACCAGAUGAUGGGAGAUGUAGCCGUGCCAGUGAGGUGAAGCUUGAGGGUGCAGAAGAGGGCUGAAAUGGGUCCUGUCUCUUUUAUUUAGCAGUUUGUCAGCUAACUCUAGUCCAAAGGAAUUGCACUAUUCUCCAUAUUUGGGUCAUAUUACAGCCAUGUGUCAAAAGUGUGUAGGGCAUCUAGACAGGUAGGAAGCAGGACUAUGCUGGUAGCCACAAUGCAACAUAAUAUGCCAGAUCUUAUCCCACUUUGGAUACCUAGUGUUGGCCAGUGGCCUCUACAUCAAUGGAGCAAUGAAUCUGCUCAGAGCUUCAUCCCAGACUUUAAAGAAACUAUCCAAGGGGCUAUUCUCUAUAUACAGUUUGGACUAAAACCUGGAGCAGAUUCACUCCCUCCUGAUGUGGAAGCUAUCACUGCAGAUAUCCAUACAUUAGGCAUGCUUGGUUGAUAAUCAGCAUCUACAAAUGAUUAUUAUCAUUUAUUUAUAAAGCACUAUCAAGUUACAUUAACAUCCAAAAUCCACAAAUUGUAAAGGAAACCAUCUAUAAAGGAAAACCAUGUAUGGGGAAACCCAAGCACCAUGUAAAUUGAUAAAAAACAUAUCCAGGAGUAGAAGUGUUGACCUUAUUUAUUUUAUUUUAUUUUAUUUUUAUUCCGCCUUUCUCCCAAAAUGGGACCCAAGGCAGCUAACAUACAUGAAACACAACAGUUAUAACUGUACAAUUAAAAUUGUAAAAAUAUAAAAAAUUACAAAUAUAAAAUU